AAAAAAUUAAUAAUGAUAGAUGAUGUAAUUCAAUUAUUAGUUCUUAUUAAAACAUUUUUUUCUAGUAUUGUCGAUCGGAUAUUUGGGUAUUUAGAAAAUAUUUUACACAAUGACACUGGUAACAACGUAGUUCGAUUGAAUGCCAAUACUACAACGUUUCCAAUGACUGCAAUUGAGCCAGCAGAAAGAAAUCAAAUUUAUAAAAAUGAGACUUGUCAAAAAAUGCAUAAUCAUACAAAUAACCAUAGUUCUGAAAUUAACAAUAAAUUUCGAGUAAAAGAUACUUUGCAGAAAAAAAUCAAUUUCAAAUUUAGAAACACAGAACCUGCAUAUUUUAAUACCGAAACACUAAAAGAAUCUAAGAAUAAUAGUGGUUUAUAUUACGGGAUAUUCUAUGAAAAUAUGAAAUGCAACGAAACGAAAAUUAAAGACAACGAAGAGAAGAAGUUUCUAUUUUUCGAAUCCAUGCGUCGAGAUAUAAUGGGAAGAACUCAACGGUCUCGUCCGAAAGCAUAUUAAUUAAUUAUUAUAUAAUAAUGUAUUGUUUAUUAAUACAAUACAACUGUAGAAUUAUAGUUAAAUGCCAAGUCCAGAAUCUCUGUCAAAAUAAUGUUUAUUGUUAAACCCAGUUAGCUAGAGCACGGUUAUACAAUUGUGUUUAGAAUGUUUAGAUAUUGUAAUUUGUAGUCAUAGACUCACAGCUCACAGGUACUAGCUAGUAGCUAUAAGUCACUAUAUUAUAUGUAUUUUCAUAUAGUUAUUAAUUAUUAUUGUGUAGUUGAAUAAGCACAAAAUAUAGCUUAUAGAUUUAACCGUAAUAUACCUACUUUACUUCAUCAUUUUAUG